AUGGCUACUGCAUCAAACUUUGAUGAUCUUCUUCAAUGUCCAAUAUGUUUGGAUAUCUUACAUGAUCCAAAAGUUCUCGAUUGUCAACAUACAUUUUGUGCUAAUUGUUUAAAAGUACAUCAUGCAUCAUCAUCACGUCCGACAUGUCGUGUACGAUCAAAUUUAAUAAAUAAUUCAAUUGAUAGUCUACCGGGAAAUUAUAUUGUACGUGAUAUAAUCGAACGACAAUAUGGUGCGACAACACCUGAUCGUCCACCUGGUUAUGCACAACAAAUUCAAGAUCGUAUACAAAAAAUGAAAAAAGAAGACGAUACAGAGUCCGAUAUUGGAAAAUAUAUAAAACCAGCAGCUGCUGCUCUCCUUGGUGUCCUUGGUGGUUUACUUUUGGCUAAAGGUGUAAAGAAAAUGUGUGACGAUGAUAAAAAAUGA